UCUUUGGGACUCGGGAUGAUCCGGGCGGCACUAACGCGUCCCAAGCCCUUUGGCCAGGCACAGGGUGUGGGUGACAGCCCGAGGGGCGGUGACAGGAGACAGGAGAGCCCUGCUGGCCCCUGCCACACCUCUGCUGUGUGCCGUGCCCUGCUGGCUCCGGCAGCAGCCCCGACAGGUCCGUCCAGUCCUGCCGGAGCCGCCACCGGCACCCGGGGACACGGAAAAGCAGCGGGCGCAUCCCUGCCUCACCUUGUUUGGCUUUCCCUCUGUCACCCGGAGCCUGGAUUAAUCAUUGGGCAGCUGGAAAUGCUGCAGGAAGCGGCGCUGCCACGCCAGGCUGUGCCUGCCCGGGGCUGGACAUCCCCUCUGCAAGGAGCAGCCAGGGCCAGAAGAUGUCCUGUGGUAGCCUGUGUCCCUCCAGGAGGUCCUGCCUGCCUUAGCCAUCAUCCUGCCAGCCAUGGCCUCCACGCCCCAGUGAGGGCCAAAGGCACGAGGAGCGAGUGUCCCCAACACCGCCACACCCCCGGGAGAGCCAUGGAGGCCCCUGUGGAUGUGCCCGUGGGGAACCUCAUUGACUUUGACAGCGAAACGCCCUCCCAUGACCCCCCUGAGCCCGCUCCUCCCGCCGCUCCCGGCGACAGCGGCCACCCGGGGGACACAGGGGAUGCGGAGGAGAGCGAUGCCACCGAGUCCGCCGACAGCGAGAAUGACAUGGGGGACUCUCCCCGGCACUGGCGUGGCUACCGCCGCUCCUCCUCCAACGAGUCCUUCUCCUCCAGCCAGAGCACGGAGUCGGCGCAGGACGAGGCCACGGCCGAGCGCCGGGAAUUCAUGCGGAGUUACGUGGAGAAGAUCUUCACGGGGGGAGAGGAUUUGGACCAAGAGGAGAAGGCCAGGUUUGGGGAGCUCUGCAGCAGCGAGAACGGGAAGGGCAGGGAGUGGUUUGCCAGAUAUGUGAGCGCCCAGCGCUGCAACUCCAAAUGCGUCUCGGAGCAGACCUUCUACCGCCUGAUGCAGUCCUUCGCCCUCGUGCUCUUUGAGUGUCACCAGAUGGACGAUUUCAGCCCUGCCAAGAACCUCAUGACCAUGUGUUUCACCUAUUACUACAUAGGGAAACCUCACGCCCUGCCCUUGGAGGCCAAGGAGAAGCCCACGGGCAGCAUCGACUCGUACCUGAAGUCAGCGAACACCUGGCUGGCCGAGAAGAAGGACAUCGCAGAGAGGCUGCUGAAAAACACCUCAGCCAAGACAGAGAACGUCAAGGGCUUCUUUGGGGGCCUGGAGACCAAACUGAAGGGUCCUGCCAGCAAAAAGAGCGACGAAGGUGAAGACAAACCGAAGGAGAAGCUGAAGAAGACUGUGUCCCUGCAGAGCCCAGAGGAGGAGAAGAAGGGGGAGAAGAUCUACCUGUACAUGCACCUCAAGCAGCAGCCAAUCUGGCACAACCUCCGGUUCUGGAACGCCGCCUUCUUCGACGCCGUGCACUGCGAGCGCAGGAAGAGGUCCCCCACCACCAGAGGGAACACUGGGGAGGAAGAAGAGAAGAGGGAGAAGUGGUGCCACAUGACGCAGGAGGAGCGCGACGACAGCCUGCGCUUCAACGAGAACAUCACCUUCGGGCAGCUGGGCACCUUCAUCCACAACAUGCUGGCGUUUGGCCUCAACAAGAAGCUCUGCAGUGACUUCCUGAAGAAGCAGGCGACCAUCGGCAACUUGGACGAAGAGCAAUACAAGCUUCUCAGUGACCACAUCGAGCAGAUGGCCACGGAGUAGCCGCCUGGCCGGCACGCGGUGGUGGAGAGACGGCGGCCGGACAGGUGGGGAGGGGAGAGGAUCCCACCUCCGGGGCUACCUGAGACUGAAGCUGGGCUACCUACAAACCAAACCACACACACGAGCUGCAACAAAACCUGCAUGAUCGUCCACCAAACUCUAGAGCUGCCCCAGAGCAGCCUGUAGACAUAGGAGCCAAACAGCCCCCACCCUUGCCAGACCCUCCCGCCUCGAUUUUUGGAGUAGCCAGUCACAAAAGUGAAUUUUGUUGGUUAAAAAGCAAAACAAAACACAAGGGAAAACCAGGAGGAGCAUGGCUUUGCAGCCUCCAGGUGCUGUGGCCCCCAUGAAACUGGUGAGGUCUCUAGUGGUAAAUCCAGAGGUAUCCAAGGCUGCCUUUCCCCGGUGGCAUCCCCUCACUGAUGCUGGAGCUGCACCAGGGCUGCAGGAGGGGAGGGCAGGGACCACAGCCAGGAGCUGGGGCUGCACCCAGCCACCACUCAGGUUCUGUGGUGUCUCCAGGUGUCACCACUGGCUGGGGACACAGGCAGGGUGGGGCUGGCAAAGCCCUCGCUGGCCUCCCUUCCCUUGGGAAAGCUUUGCUGCGCUGCCUGUGUGGGUUUGUACCUCUGGGCAAAGAGACAACAGUUUGCUCCAUAGCUUCAGCCGGGAUCAGUAGGAAAAAAGCCAUGGCCUUGGGCGGGAGUGGAGGCAGAGGAGCUCUGCUUGGCUUGGGAGGAGAUGACAAAGAGCCUCAUCCCUCUCCCUGCUGCCCUGUCCGUGUCGGGAUGCUGCUGGAUUGUGACAUUUCCCAAAGCCUCCUGGCGUCCUGUGGCAGUAGAUUAAUUGUCCUCCUUCCCCAGGCUGCUCCUCUCUGCCCUCUCCUUCGCCAGCUCUUCGCUCCAGCUGCUCAUCCAUCAAACCUGAAAUAGUCCUGGCUAAAGGACAUCUCCUGUUCUGCUCCAGGGGUGGCAGCUCCCACCAUGCAGCAGAUCUGUUUUAUCCCUUGGACCUUGGCACGGUGCUUGCAGAGAGGCUGGGGACGUGGGGACAUCGCUGGGGACGUGGGAACAUCACUGGGGACAUGGGGACAUCGCUGGGGAUGUGGGGACAUCGCUGGGGAUGUGGGAACAUCACUGGGGACGUGGGAACAUCACUGGGGAUGUGAGGACAUCGCUGGGGAUGUGGGAACAUCACUGGGGACAUGGGGACAUCCCUGGGGAUGUGAGGACAUCGCUGGGGACACGGGGACAUCGCUGCUCCCCUCUACAAGGAGCAGCCCACAAGGGCAGAAUCCCCCAGCCCUGCACAGCCAAGGGCCCAACAGUCUCACCCCAAAAGCAUCAUCCUGAAACUCAAGUCCAGGUUUCAAUCAAUCCAUUUUCCCUGUGCUGCCAGCUGUGUCCCAUAGGAAAUAGCAUAAAAGGAUAUUUUUUCCAUGUAGCUCUUGGCUUCUGCUGUCAUUUCCAAGCAUCAAAACGAUGCUUUUACCUAAGCUGGGCUUCCCUUGCUGCUGAGGAUGGGAUCCGUGCUGGGUCUUGUAGGAAGGACAAAUCCAGCACCAAUUUUUCCUUGGCCAUUUCCAAAUCUGGGCAGAGUUACUGGAGAAGGAUUUUUGCUGGGGUGAGGGGCUGAUGUCGGUCCCUCAUCCCAAUAAACAUCUUCCUGCUGGAUAAAAUGUGCUGGACCACGAGCAGCUCAGCAUCCUGGAGCAUCCCAUCCCCAUGGCCUUCCCUGUCUCUGUCUCCACUCAGGUCUUUCCCAAAUCUUCCUUCAUUUCUUUAUUAUUAUUAUUAUUGUUAUUUUUUCCAACAUGAAAAGUUCAGCGCUGAAGUAUAUAUAUUAUUUGCAUGUGUAUUUUUCUAUAAAAACAAUUAAAAUCUAAUAAAAAAUAGCCAUAAACCCUCCUCAGCCGGGACUGUGUGAAGGAUGGGGUGUGAGAGAGAGAGAGAUUGGAAUAAAUUAUCUUAAAAAUGA